UCCCGCCUCCCGCUCCCGCGCCGCGGCCGGGCGACUGCAGGGGCCGCUAACGGUCCCGCGCCCCUCGGCGUCCGCGCGCCCCCCGCCCGGCGGACGCGGCGGCGCCGGCGGCGAUGGGGGCGAUGGGGGCGGCGGAGCCGCUGCGCUCGGUGCUGUGGGUGAAGCGGCAGCGCUGCGCCGUCAGCCUGGAGCCCGGGCGAGCGCUGCUGCGCUGGUGGCGGAGCCCGGGGCCCGGCGCCGGCGCCCCCGGCGCGGAUGCCUGCUGCGUGCCCGUGUCGGAGAUCAUCACCGUGGAGGAGGCCGAGGUGCGCGGGAGGCACCACCCCAGCGGCCGCUGGCAGAAGAUGGAGAAGCCACACGCCUUCACAGUUCACUGCGUGAAGAGGGCGCGGCAGCACCGCUGGAAGUGGGCACAGGUGACGUUCUGGAGCGCCGACGAGCAGCUGUGCCACCUGUGGCUGCAGACCCUCAGGGAGCUCCUGGAGAAGCUGACGUCUAGGCCGAAGCAUUUGCUGGUUUUUAUCAAUCCGUUCGGAGGAAAAGGACAAGGCAAGCGGAUAUACGAGAGGAAAGUGGCGCCGUUGUUCACGUUGGCCGCCAUCAGCACCGAGGUCAUCGUCACCGAGCGUGCCAAUCAAGCCCAGGAGGCUUUGUACGAGAUGAACCUGGACAAGUACGACGGCGUCGUGUGUGUGGGCGGGGACGGCAUGUUCAGCGAGGUGCUGCACGGCCUCAUCGGCAGGACGCAGAGGAGCGCCGGCGUCGACCAGAACCACCCUCGGGCCGCGCUGGCGCCCAUCGCCCUCCGCAUCGGCAUCAUCCCCGCCGGGUCCACGGACUGUGUGUGUUACUCGACAGUGGGCACCAAUGACGCCGAGACGUCAGCUUUGCACAUCGUGGUGGGGGACUCGCUGCCCAUGGACGUGUCCUCGGUCCACCACAACAGCACGCUGCUGCGGUACUGGGUGUCCCUGCUGGGCUACGGCUUCUACGGGGACAUCAUCAAGGACAGCGAGAGGAAGCGGUGGAUGGGUCUCAUCAGAUACGACGUCGCAGGUGUGAAGACCUUUCUGUCGCACCACUGCUACGAGGGGACUGUGUCCUUCCUCCCGGCGCAGCACACGGUGGGGUCUCCGCGGGACGGGAAGCCCUGCCGGGCAGGGUGCUUUGUGUGCAGGCAGAGCAAGCAGCAGCUGGAGGAAGAGCAGAAGAAGGCGCUGUACGGCCUGGGAGACACCGAGGAGAUGGAGGAGUGGCAGGUGGUCUGCGGGAAGUUCCUGGCCAUCAACGCCACCAACAUGUCCUGUGCCUGUCCCCGGAGCCCCCGGGGCCUCUCCCCGGCUGCCCACCUGGGAGACGGGUCCUGUGACCUCAUCCUCAUCCGGAAAUGCUCCAGGUUCAACUUCCUGCGGUUCCUGGUCAGGCACAGGAACCAGGACGACCAGUUUGACUUCACCUUCGUAGAGGUUUACCGGGUGAAGCGAUUCCACUUCACGUCGAAGCACGCCGAGGGCGAGGACGGCGACCUGCAGGAGCGGGCCAAGCAGAGGUUCGGGCCGCUGUGCAGCGACAGCCCCGCCUGCUGCCGCUCGGCCGCCAAGAGCUCCUGGAACUGCGACGGGGAGAUCCUGCACAGCCCCGCCAUCGAGGUCAGGGUCCACUGCCAGCUCGUUCGGCUCUUUGCCCGCGGCAUCGAGGAGGAGCCCAAGCGAGAGGCGCACAGCUGAGACGCCAUUGCGUGGCAGGCGUGACGGUUACCAGGACACCGACUGCAGCCCGAUCACGGCGAUAGAUUCGUUUAAAUGUAGAAAUUUAUUUUUGAUAGCCACAUCUCCGUUUUAGGAAAAGUCCCUUUUGUCAGCCGCUCGCCGUCCCUCUCGGGCUGUGUCACGCGGGCUCAGCCCGGCGGUGGCGUCCCCGCGGUGAUUCUAGGGACUUUAGGCCGAGACCCACUGUGUGACGGCUCGGGACCAGGUUCUGGGGAGGAGCUCGACUGCCGUCCUCCAAGCUGGCGAUCCUCACUGUGGGCUGCAGCACCACCAGCCACACGGGGACGAUCCGGCUGGGCGGGGGCUCCCGAGACCACAGGGGGAAGGGUUGUAGCAGAGCUGGGAAACACAGCCGCGUAUCCAUUGAUCCAUCGGGAGAGAGGGUGAAUCCAGUGUUGGCGCCACGCCUAGCCCCCACGGUGCGGGGAGCCCAGGACACCCCGGGCAGCCCGGCACUCAGCACGCCCGCCCUCGUGCUGCGAUUACUGACGCCUCGCUCCUGGAGAUCCGAGUCGUGUACGCGGUGUCCUCGCUGCUGGCGCCGUCUCUGCUGGUUGUAGACUGAUGCGUCCUGGGCACUCAGAGAUGCCCGUGUUACACACAUCACAGAACACGCAGCUGAGGCUCUGGUCCGCAGGGCAGGGGCGGGGAACUUGACUGUUACGAGAGCAGCUGCGGCCCGUGCAGCACGCGCCGUCUCCCGCCUCUCCUUCAGAGCCACCCAGGCGGGGCAGCCUGCACGUGGUUUGUUACCGAGGGAGGCGGGCUGGUCGCCAGUGGCUGCUGCGAGGGGGGUUGGCCCGGCUGCUUCCCUUCGGCGUUGGGCCUGGGUUGGAAGACCACAGACCCAGCACCUGAAAGGCAGUGUAGCCCACGGGCCCGCAGCACCGCCCUAGGCUGCACCCCUCCCAGGCUGCUCCCGUGGGGUGGAAACCGGGCAGCUUCAUUUGUACGCUUUCCCCAGAGACCCCUGAAUCUGCCCUGGCCCUGGGGAACGAGGCCCACGCUCUGGUCUGUCCCGAGACCGCCGCCGACUCUAGAGGCAGGGACCAGGCAAAGCAGGCCCCCUGCGCCUGUCAGAGUUGCACGCUGGUGCUGUCUCUGGGGCCCCGGGGAUGUAGGUCCCGGGCAGGGGGCAGCACGCACGCAUUCCCACGGAACCUCAGCUCCUGAACCUCAGGGUGCUGGGGACAGAGGUCAGAGGUGCUGGUUGGGUGGUGAGCAUGGUCCCAGCCGGUGCUGGGACUUGCCUGGCGGCUCGCGGCACACUGCAGGCGGGCAGCAUGGGUCCCAGUUCGGGGUGGGCCCCCUGUGUGACUGGGAGACACCGAAAGGCUGGAUUCGUUCUCUUUCUAAUCUUGCUGGUUUCAAGAUUAGAAGGUGGCAUAUUUGAUCUGAAAUGUUUGAAAAGACAAAAUAAAACUACUUUGGGCAGAA